CUGCAUACCACCUUAAGCCCCACCAAGGCAGCAUUGAACCCUCAUCGAACUUCGACCUUUCCAUAUAUUCAGCUCCACGUCUUGAUCUAUACCGUAUAAUCGUUGUCACGAAGCAAGCAGAACAAGUCAAUUUUUAAUCACCAUGCUGCUUCUAGACUAUCAAAACGUCUUAAUAGAGUCUAUUCUCAAAGAAAGACUCUUUGGAGCUCCUCCCGCCUCUAUCGACCAGACCGUUUCCGAUUUCGAUGGCGUAAUUUUCCACAUCUCGACUCCUGAAGCUAAGACCAAGAUAUUGAUCUCCAUCCAAAUCCGAUGCUUCAAGGACCUCGUCAAAUACGGCGCCGAACAGGUACUCCAGCGUGAAUAUGGCCCCUAUGUCGUAGCACCCGAGACAGGCUACGACUUUUCGAUUCAGGUCGACUUAGAAAGCCUACCUGAAGAAAAGGAAGCACGAGAAGAGCUGGUCAGCAAGAUCUCCUUACUAAAGCGAAACGCAAUGGCCGCCCCGUUCGAGCAUGCCUAUGCCGAGCACUACAAGCUUAAGGAAGAAGCCUCCAAGUAUACGUCCGAAGAAGCACCUCAAGGUGUCCAAGAAGGCGGUGAGAUUAUGGCUAUCCACUACCGCGACGAGGAAGCUAUCUACGUCAAGGCGAGCCACGACCGCGUAACUGUUAUUUUCAGCACCAUCUUCAGGGAAGAGACGGAUAGGGUAUUUGGGAAAGUUUUCAUCCAGGAGUUCGUCGACGCCCGAAGGAGAGCCAUCCAGAAUGCGCCCCAGGUUCUGUUUAGAAAUGAUCCGCCCCUAGAGUUACAAGGGGUACCCGGCGUGCAGGCCACCGAAGGGAAUGAAAUUGGAUACGUUACAUUCGUUUUAUUCCCGCGACACUUGACGCCCCAACGAAUGCCCGACGUCAUCUCUCACAUUCAGACCUUCCGAGACUACUUCCAUUACCACAUCAAAGCUUCUAAGGCGUAUAUUCACUCCCGGAUGAGAAGGCGAACAGCGGACUUCCUACAAGUACUCCGAAGAGCCCGACCCGAGAACGAAGAAAAGGAGAGGAAGACGGCAAGCGGAAGGACGUUCAAGGUUCAGGCUUAAGGAAAUUGUCUAGACUAGGAUUCCGUAGGGCAUCGCGGCGAUACGCGAACCCAUAUCCUGAUGUAUGCGAUGCUAACGAACAAUACCACAACCAAUCAAUUGAUAAGUCGAUAAUAUACUUUUUUCUGUGCUUGUAUACCUAAUGCAUGAUGUUCGAUUUUACGACUUGGAGGUUGGCGGACACAACGAUAUCAAUGACAAGCUCCAAAUUUGUUUCUUAUUCGAGGAGUUAGAUUGUAGGCACAAAUUGGUUCUAUAGACACAAUGAGGAAAGAUGCCUUCACGUUUUUCUUUACUUUCAAUACACUCAUGAGACAUGACUAUAAGGUACAGUGUGAGAUGGCC